UAGUACAGAGUGUCUGCAAAGAGUGUUAAAGUUUCACUGAAGCAUUCCAAUUUGAACUUUAACAAACAAAACUGUCGGCAGCCAAAUCAAGAAACUGUUCCAUUAACUUCACACUUCAUAAUUCCUUCUUGAUUUAGAUCCGAAUCCAGAAACCAAUUUAUGAAUGUCUGUUUGUCUUUCUGUUUUUGUAUCAAGCAUUCCAUUUUCAUGAGAGUUUAGAUUCAUUUUCUUCCCACAUUCUCAGUUAACAAACUAUACUACCAUAACAGAGAACUUCAGAUCAGAGUAGCACCGUACUGCUGUGUGUUGUGUUGUGUCUGUGGCUGUCUCUGGUGGGUUUCUGCGCUCAGAAUUGAGAACCCGCAUCAAAAGUUUUGUGGGUUUUUGACAAAAAUGGUCCAAGAUGAUUCUUCUGUAAAAUCGUCAAAACCCCAUUACAUCAGACCAAAGCAUGUCAAUCUCUUCAAUGAGCCAAGAAAUUUUGAUUUUUCCACAUGGGUUUCUGAGAGCUCCUUGAAACUGCUUGUUUUUUGCAUUUUAACACUCACAGUAGCAGCCCUUUUCUUCUUCUUGCAAACUUCCAAUACCACCCAAAACUCUAUUUUUUGCUUCAAAACUUCCCAUCAAAACCACCCUGAAAAGCUCAAGUUUCCAAAGCUUGACCUCAAUUCAAUCCAGCCCAUUUUAGACAAGUCCUCACCCUAUUCUUCCUUCCACUCAGAACAGUGGAUUGUGGUUUCAGUUUCAGACUAUCCUUCUGCUUCACUCCAGAGCCUGGUUAGGAUAAAGGGUUGGCAAGUUCUUGCAAUAGGCAACGUAAAAACCCCAAAAGAUUGGAUUUUGAAGGGUGCAAUAUACUUGUCAUUAGAAGACCAAGCAAAUUUGGGGUUCAGAGUAGUGGAUUACCUUCCUUAUGAUUCUUUUGUUAGGAAAACUGUGGGCUAUCUUUUUGCAAUCCAGCACGGUGCUAGGAAGAUUUUUGAUGCUGAUGGUCGCGGGGAAGUGAUAGGUGGGGAGAUAGGGAAGCAUUUUGAUUUGGAGAUUGAUGGAGAUAUAGCAAAAGAGCAGAGGAUUUUGCAGUAUAGUCAUGUAACUGCGAAUAGGACUGCUGUGAAUCCUUAUGUUCAUUUUGGACAGAGAUCAGUUUGGCCUAGAGGAUUGCCAUUGGAAAAUGUCGGUGAAGUUAAUCACGAGGAGUUUUACAGUGAAGUGUCUGGAGGAAUGCAGUACAUACAGCAGGGAAUAAGCAAUGGAUUACCCGAUGUUGAUUCGGUAUUCUAUUCGACCAGAAAAGCAGGGUUGGAAACAUUCGAUAUAGGGUUUGACGAACAUGCUCCUAAAGUUGCAUUGCCUCGAGGUAUGAUGGUGCCGGUGAAUUCAUUCAAUACAUUGUUUCAUUAUAAUGCAUUUUGGUCCUUGAUGCUUCCCGUCUCUGUUAGCAAGAUGGCAUGUGAUAUCUUAAGGGGCUACUGGGGACAAAGGUUGUUGUGGGAAAUUGGUGGUUAUGUUGUGGUUUAUCCUCCAACAGUUCAUAGAAAUGAUGAACUUGAAGCAUACCCUUUUUCCGAGGAGAAAGACCUUCAUGUAAAUGUAGGCCGUUUAAUAAGGUUCUUGAUUUCUUGGAGAUCUGAAAAGCAUAGGUUAUUUGAGAAGAUUUUGGAUUUGAGUUAUGCCAUGGCUGAAGAAGGUUUCUGGGGGGAAAAUGAUGUCAAAUAUACUGCUGCUUGGUUGCAAGAUUUGCUUUCUGUUGGAUAUCAGCAGCCAAGCAUAUUCCAAAUUGAAUUGGAUGGACAAAAGGGAGAAAUCGUCCCUGGAGAUAGAAAGGAAUUUGUCCCUCGAAAACUACCUUCUGUGCAUCUUGGAGUUGAGGAGUCGGGAACAGUGAAUUAUGAAAUAGGGAAUUUAGUUAGAUGGAGGAAGAGUUUUGGUAAUGUGGUGCUAAUUAUGUUUGUCAGUGGACCUGUCCAACAAACUGCUUUAGAAUGGAGAUUGCUUUAUGGCAGAAUAUUCAAAACAGUGGUUAUUCUAUCAAACCAGGCUGAUGCAGAUCUUGCAAUUGGACAAGGGCAAUUGGACCAACUAUACAAAUAUCUGCCAAAAAUAUUUGCCAGGUUUAAUAGUACAGAAGGGUUCCUUUUUCUUCACGACAAUACAAUCUUAAACUACUGGCAUCUGGUGCAAGCAGAUAGAUCAAAACUGUGGAUUGCAAACCAGGUGCCUGCUUCAAGGACAGCCAUUGACCAGAAUUUAUCUUGGUUUUCGAAGCAAGCAGACAUGGUCAAGAAAGUUGUAAGUACAAUGCCGGCUCAUCUUCAGGUCAAUUACAAGGGAAGCAACCCGAGUGAGCAGAGCCUUGCUUUCUGUGGCUCUGAAGUGUUUUACGUGCCUCGGAAAUUUGUUCAGGAUUUCAUUGAUCUUGUUGAUCUUGUGGGCGAUCUUGACAUUCACCACAAGAUUGCGGUGCCUGUGUUCUUCAUGGCAAUGGAUGUGCCUCAAAAUUUUGAUUCUGUGCUGAAUAAAAUGAUCUACAAGACAGAAGCUUCAUCUAUAGAUUCCCAGGAUUUUUAUUCUGCUCAUGUACCUGCAGUGCAUCCGUGGAUAGUUUCCAACGAGUCUGAUUUUCUGAAGUUGAUAAAACUGAUGUCCGCAGGUGAUCCUUUACUAAUGGAAUUGGUGUGACAUUGCUCCAACUUUUUUCUUAUCCUUUUCGGGUCCAAUGUAAACAACUUGUUAAUAUCCAAAAAUACCGCAAGAAAUGGAUGAAACUGUAAAUUUUAUAGGUGGCGAUUAGUUGCAAACUCAAUCUCUUUUUCACAGCUGUACUUCUUUAUCUUUUCUGUGGUCCAUACAUCUGGUACCUUUAUGUAAUUGCAAUAUUCGAACAAUGACAUAUUGACAUCAAGAGCCAAGGCUGAUACUUCAACUUAA